CAGCCCAGUGAAGAGUCCGGGCUCCGCACACAGUGCUGGGUCUCCUAGCAACUCCGCUCCGCUCCUCGUAUCCACCUACUGCUGGCUACCUACCUCCACCUGGGCUGGGACAUGCGGAGAGACGCGGCUGCUGAGUGUGUGGGACAUGCGCGGAAGAAGGAGCCGUCAUCGUGCCGUGUGUGAGGACAGGUGAUCGGCUCUUUGUGUGCGGAGCAUGGCAUCCCGCGAUCUCUAGGCUCAUCCAUGACAGACCGAUGCUGCCCAUAGGGGAUCGGACGAUAUGCCCGGAGGAUCGUCCCCGGACAGCUGUCACAUUGGAGGACACUUACCGCCGGCUGUGCGCUAUGCUGGGGCCCCCCGCACGCAUCAGUCCGCUCCGCCGGGCCCUGGCUCUAUGGUUCCUCUCUCUUCUCCUGGGACUGAGCCAGGCAGUUGAAAACCAAUGUUCCUCUUCAAAUGCAGCUACAUGCACAAAAUGUCUUGCACUUGGACCAGAAUGUGGAUGGUGUACUCAAGAGGAUUUUAUGGUGGACUCGGCCGAGAGUGAAAGAUGUGACACUGUUUUUAAUUUAAAGACGAAGGGGUGCAGAGCAGAGCUCAUAGAACAUCCGGCAAUCCAGCUGCAGGUGGUUGGCACCAAGGAACCUAACAGUCAGGUCACCCUGUCAGAAGAUGUUCAUCUUAAACCAGGGGCUAAAGUAAACUUCAUGCUAAGAGUUCAUCGCUUGGAGAAAUAUCCACUGGAUCUGUAUUAUUUAGUUGAUGUCUCUGCCUCAAUGGAUUCCAGUAUAAAAAAGCUGAACUCCAUUGGAUUUGACUUAUUUCAGAAAAUGACUGACUUCUCUCCUGACAUUCGAUUUGGAUUUGGAUCAUUUGUAGAUAAACCUGUUUCACCUUAUAUUAGUAUUCAUCCUGACAGAAUAAAGAAUCAGUGCAGCGAUUAUAAACUGGAUUGCAUACCACCUCAUGGAUUUAUUAAUAGGCUGUCUUUAACAAACAACAUUACACAGUUCAUACAAAUUGUUGGCAAGCAGAAGAUCUCAGCGAAUAUUGAUAAUCCAGAAGGAGCCUUUGAUGCUAUGUUGCAGGCAGCUGUUUGUCAUAAAGAUAUUGGCUGGCGAAAGGAAGCAAAACGUUUGAUUAUCUUGAUGACAGAUCAGACUUCUCAUUUAGCACUCGACAGCAAGUUAGCGGGCAUAGUCACCCCAAAUGACGGCAAUUGUCACCUCAAAGACAGUGUUUACACCAGAGCAACAGAUAUGGAACACCCAUCACUGGGCAUGCUUGGCCAAAGAUUAGUUGACAACCAUAUUUAUGGAAUGUUUGCAGUACAGGGAAAAGCUUUCAAUUGGUACAAGGACCUAAUGCCGUUGCUGCCAGGGACAAUAGCCAAGCAAUUUGAUGCCACUGCCUCUGACAUCAAUAAUUUGGUGGUUGAGGCUUACAAGGCGCUUGUCUCAGAGAUGAAGAUUCAAGUGUAUAAUCCCAUGAAGGGUAUUUCUGUAAAUAUAACUGCUAUCUGUCCGGAUGGAAAUAGACAUUCUGGAGUGGAGGGAUGUCACAAUGUAAAAAAUAAUGAUAAGGUUCUAUUUAAUGUAACAAUUACAAUGGAAAAUUGUGAUGUAGAAGGAGGACACAACUACAUCGUUCUUAAACCCAUUGGUUUCAAUGAAACCGUAAAAAUAAAGAUACACAGGACUUGUACAUGCCAGUGUAAUAGCCCAUUGAGGCAGAAGUGUAUAACUGAGGUCCAUCCGGACUGCCCUGGAGCUCCAUGUAGAGACGGUAAUUGUAGCUCCGGAGAACAUUCCCAUCUAUCAGGAACAUGUAAGCACUCCCCCAUGGAACCUGAGUGCAGUGGUCGGGGAAUAUGUCUGUGUGGAAAAUGCUACUGUCAUAAAAUCAAACUGGGAAAAAUAUAUGGGAAAUACUGUGAAAUGGAUGACUUUUCUUGUCCGUACAACCAAGGAAAACUGUGUUCUGGUAAUGGGGACUGUGAAAAUGGCAGUUGUAAAUGCAUUCAUGGCUGGGAAGGUGAUCGAUGUCAAUGCUCCUCAUCAAAGAAACACUGUAUGGACACAAAUGGACUGUUAUGCAGUGGGAGGGGGACUUGCAUAUGUGGAAAAUGUGAAUGCACUGAUGACAGAAGCUUUGGGCCUUUGUGUCAAUACUGCUCUGAAUGUAGCAAUACCUGUAAAGACAACUGGAAUUGUGAGCAAGCUCAACACUCUUUGAACCUCACUGUCUAUCCGAUGAAUCCUCACAAAACCAAAUGGAACACACUGGUGUAUUACAUGGAUCAGACUUCAGAAUACUUCUCAGACCCGUGGAACCUAAAGAUAUUUUUUAUCAUUUUUACUGCAACCUUUUUGCUUGGUUUUCUCAUUGUACUUAUAAUAAGAGUUAUUAUCCUGCAAGGCGAUGACAACAAAAGCACCUCUUCAUCCAGUUACAGGGUGCCAACAUCAAUGAAGGAUAAAAAUAGUUUGCACAAUGGAUACUCAAGUACAGUAACCUACACCCGGGAGAAGCCAGAAGACAUUCUUAUCAGAAACGGAAGCCUGGCGGUACAUGAAGCAUUAAAGUACAAGUUUGAAGAAAAGACACACAUGUAUUAGCUGAUCUCUAUCUACUGACAAGCUGCACUGUUACAAUCAUGUAGAAGGCUUCCAUAACCAAGCAGUGUUUUUCAGUACAACAGUAAAGCAAGUCCCUGUAAAGAACAGGCUGUGAAGUUCCUAUCAGUGAUAUGCAGCGGUCAGUUUUCACAAUGUCGUGUUUUACAAAUUUGUGGAAUGUUUUGUAGUCCUAGAACUGACUUACCAUAUUGCAUAGCUAAAUAGCAAUUGUUUUUUUAUCAUCUUAGCUGCUCUAACAGAUUUAUGUGCAUUACUACUGUAUGGUACAUUGUUUGAAUGUAGCACUUUAUAAUUUGUUUUUAUAUUUUUUUAUACAAAGCACUGAUUACACUUUAGUGACAAUUUGAAGUUGAACUCCUUUUAAAUGUUUUAGGCAGAGUGAUUGUUCUGUGACCAAUGUGGUCAUAUCACUGGUUUCCUAGUCCCCAUUCUUCCAUUGCAGUUCUUUGAACAAUGCCAGUUUAGAAAGGGAGAAUGGGGACAGAAAUUGAGUGAUAAUACCAGUCUCAGCUCUCCUGAAAGCAGUGGAGUUCUAAUUUUUUAAGUGCACUCACCGAGAAGGUUUCUUGCCUUUUCACUUUUUUUGUAUGUUAUGAAGACAACAUGGAACGAUUUUUUAUAGAGUGCUAAUGACUUUCACCUUGGAUAAUGGGGUGAUAAAAGUAACCUAAAACGUGACUUUAGUUGAAAAAAAAACGUGAGUUUACAUUUAUAUAAAUAUGUAGUUCACAACUGCAGUUGACUGUCAGAUUUAUUCACAUAUGGUGCAGCUACACCUACCCCGAAUUUAGAAUUCAGUUAAAUGACCAAGUAAAUAGAAAUGCAGUAUUUAAAGAUGUAAUGACGCCCUUAAAAGUAUGAUUCAAAAGUUCAAAUUCAUUUACAAAUCAUAGCUGUACCUGCAAAAUAGUGCUUUUUUUUUGGGGGGGGGGGGGGCACAAUCAUACAUCUUGGGGUGGGCUACAAUUUGGCAUGUUUGCCCUGGGCACUAGAUUACCUUGUCCCGGCACUGUCCAUUAGACUAUAUACAUAAGUAUUUAUGAAUUUCUCUUAUCAAUACAGUAUUAGUAACAUUUUCCAAACUUCACCCAAAAUGUAUUUGUGCUUAAUUUAAGAGAAUCAAUGCUCCAGGGCAAUAUAAAUUACCUGUAAAGGUGAAUUUUAAUUGAUUGCUGGGUCUCAGUUGUCAUGCUAUACCAACUUGCACAAUCUAUACCCAAAAACAAAAAUGUAAUAUAUUGUAGUUCAUCAGUCCUUUGCUAUAGUUGUUUCAUUAAUGUAAUACUUUUAUUUUUUUCCUUUGUCUGCUGAUGAUCCUGUCAGUAACACAUUUGCUAUCCUAGGGUGACAAAGCUUAAUUACCAUACUAUAUCUAUGGAGGAACAGCAUUGUCACCGAAGACUUCUCUCCUAAUGUGGACUACAAACAGCCUCUCCUCACCUUCAUUACAUGUGUAGUUUACACAAGAUAGUUGGAAAGGUUGAUAACAUUGUUUGAGAUUUUAGUUCAGUACACAUGUCGUUACAAGAAAAUGGCAUUUCUGGCACGAUCAACCGAUAUUUUUCUGUACUUGAAAAAGAAAACACAGCUAUAUGUAUUAAAUCUAAUGAAUGACAAUCUGUAAUAUACAACAUUUUUGUUACUGGGUUUAAAUAUACAUUAAUUUUGGUUAAGAAUAGUUGGCGGCAUUGGAUUGUAGAUAAACUAAUAACCCUGGCAUAAUGUAUAUAGCAGAGUAUAUCAUAUUGAUGUAUGUAGCUAAAGGUUCCUAAAAUCAAUUAGGAUGUAAAGUCAGUGAGCGGAUUUCCACAAAAUCUAAAAUAUUUGGCUAACUUGCAAUUGUUCAGCUAGUUUUUACUACACCAUUUUUUUUAAGAGUUGGCAAUACCUAUAGAAACCAAAAGAAAAGACAGCAAAUCCUUAUACUUUAUUCUUCCAUCUAUUUAUAUUUCUAUGGUAAAGAAGCAAAGGGAACAGACAUAAUAAUACUGCCUGGAAUAGCUGUAGCUUCAACUUUACAGUAAAACACAAAGUCCAUUUAAUUUAGGUUUAGUAUGCAGAGCUUUUUUUCUCAGAAAAUAGGUGCAGAAACUCAACCACAACCCGUUCAGAUUUCA